AUGAGGAAUUUCGAGGAUGAAAUUUAAGAAAACUAAAAUGAAUUAGAUUCACAAAUUAAUAGACAAAUUUUAUCCUAUAUAUAAUUAGGAUUUCAACCAUUUGAAUCAUUCAGUUUAAUUUUGGAUAACAUUCCACUUAUCCGAAAUGAUACUUUCAUAGAGGAAGAACAUAACCCAAGAUUUUUUCCAUUAGCAGGAGCAUAAUUAUUUCGAGAUAGGCAAUCACCAAGGUAUCUUAAUUAUUUAAAAUAAGAGAAAAGUCUUAAAAUAUUUAGAAAUACCUUGAAAAGCGUACCAUCCCAAUAUAAAACAACAAGCUUAAUCUAAAACAUCCUUAUCUUAAAGUAACUCAACUUCGAAAUUUAAACAUAAAUCACGAAUAUUUUAUUAAUGAGUUUGGGUAAUUAAUAUUUUCAUCAUUUAGUCUUGUAGAUUCUCAAAAAAAUACUAAUUCUGCAGACAUUCUAAUUGGUCGUUAAUAUCGUUAAAUUCCAGACAUUAUUCCAAAUGAUAUAAGUAAUAGAUAAUAAUUCUAUCAGAAUAGUAUUACCUGAAGAUAGGGCUAUAUCUCGAAUUCAUUGUAAGAUUGUUUGUGAUGAUUAUUUCAGAAAAGCAUAAAUAAUUGAGCCUUUUUUUUUAAAAGUCUUGAAAUUAAUUGAACUUCCAUCUUAAAUAAAAAAAAGGAUUAGUUAAUUUUUAGAGUAUAAUAUAAAUCUAUUAAUUUAGAAAACCUAAAAUUGUGUAAAUAUAAGAUCUUGGGAGUACUUUUGGUACUUAUUUAAGAAUCUUUAGAUCGGGACCUAGCAUACUAUAAAAAGAUUAAAAAUUUAGUAUUGGAAGUGAUACAUAUUUCAAUAUUGUUUUCAAUCAUAGAUAGAAUUUAAGUUUAAAAUAGAUAGAUGAUGAAUGGUAUAACAUUAUCAAGCAUCUAUCAACAAUGAAACAUUCUUAAAAACAUGAAAUACAUUUUAGUGAACUUAUAGUUUAACCCAUUAUAAUAGAGGUACUUGAUUAAAUAAAGAGUUUAUCUAUUGAAAAUCUUUAUAAAAAGUUAACUGAAUAUGAGAUUCCUUUCUUAGUAGUCAAAUUUUCAGGCUAAGGUGUUGAUAUUAAUAAAUCAAUAAACCUAUUUUUAGGAUAGACUAAAUCAGAUACAAAUGAUUUUUUUGUAGGAAGAGGAGCUGAAAAUAAUAUUAAGAUUAAUUCUAAUACUAUAUCAAGAAAGUAAUGUCGUUUAAAAUACACUUAGAAGUAAAUGAUUAUUUUUAUUAGAUAUUCUGCAUGGGUUAUAAAUGAUGGCUUUUAAGAUAGAGAUUCAGCAAAUGGAACUUGGAUUAGUUUAUAAACAACUGAAUAAUCAGAAAAGAAAAUAGAAUCUAAUUUGAUUGAAAUACAUCAUAAUGAUGAAAUAAAGAUAGGUGAUUUUAUUCUAAAGUUGGAAUUAUUAAAAGGUAUAAAAGAAGGAAUUGGACAUAAAAUAAAUAAAUUUCUUCAUGAUUGAUAAUUAUUAAUUAAAUAAAAAGUGAC